CCAUUUGCUGCUGGACACAGCUCCCCUCAGGACUCUUCUGCAGUCCCAGCUCCCAGCACAGAGCCUGGAUGCAGAGCCCUGUAAAUGAGUCUCGCGAACCAGUGAAGGCACGGUUCCUGCUCUGGCCACACAGCAGGCUGCGGCCCACGGCUAUCACAUUAGAAGACUCCCAAGUGCCGAUGCUGCUGUUCCUGAUGCACUCCCGUCAUCAGCCGUCCACAGCUCCUUCUCCGUCCCUCUGAGCUGAGUUCUCACAUUGGAAGGAAGCUUGUUCUGUCUGUCCCGAGAACCGUAGGCUCCUUUUGACUCCCUCGGGAGUGGAGAAUGGGGAAAGACAGGCGUAUGCGCCAGCUGAGCACUAGCUGCAUACGUUAGCACGUGCAAUCUCAUUUCUUUUUCCCAGUAGCCCCAGAAGCAGGGCUGCAUGGCUGUGCCAGCUGGAUCAGAAGGCCAAGAGGGAGUGAAAUGGCUUGAUCAGGAUCCCCUGGCCAGUGGGAAGCUGAACUGGGAUAGAUCUGGCCCUGGAAUUUAGAGGCCCUUUCUCCACUGUCUUCUUCCAGGCCCAACCUGCUUCCCCUUCCUGAUACAGGGUGGCCAUUGCAGUUCUCAGUAAGUGUCAACCUGGUGACACCAGAUCCGUCACCUCACUGAGGAGUGGAGGAAGCUAGGAUCCGUUUACUAAUUCAAGGGCCCAAUGAAUUAUUCACACCACCAUUUACUUGGAGGCCCUUCCAGCCUCACCUCUCUUUCCCCUCUCAGACCCUUGGAUCCUGACCCCUGAACUCAGCCUUUGGUGCAGGGAGCCCCUGGUGAGGAGAUGCUAGCUGAGCUGGGGGCCUGCCUACUGCUGGCAAUGGUACUGUUGGACUCCGAUCCUGGGACCCAAGCCAUGGAAGGUGUCAAGUGUGGGGGUGUGCUCUCAGCGCCAUCUGGGAACUUCUCCAGCCCAAACUUCCCAAGUCUGUACCCCUACAACACGGAGUGCAGCUGGCUGAUCGUGGUGGCCGAGGGCUCCUCUGUGCUGCUCACCUUCCACGCCUUUGACCUGGAAUACCAUGACACCUGUGGCUUUGACUUCCUGGAGAUCUACAACGGGGCCUCUGGAGACAAGGGCAAUCUGCUGGGCAGGUUCUGUGGCCAGGUGCCCCCACCGCCCUUCACCUCCUCCUGGCACGUCAUGUCUGUCGUCUUUCACUCAGACAAGCACGUGGCCAGCCGAGGCUUUUCUGCAGGCUACCAGAAAGAUGUGUGCGGCGGUGUCUUGACCGGCCUGUCAGGGGUUCUCAGCAGCCCUGAGUACCCCAACAAUUACCCCAACAAUGUGGAGUGCCACUGGCUGAUCCGCGCCUCAGGACCUGCUGCUGUCAAGUUGGUGUUCGUGGACUUCCAGGUUGAGGGCAGCGACGAAUGCAUGUAUGACUACGUAGCUGUGCUUGGAGCGCCUGGCCCUGCCCACGGGCACCACUACUGUGGCCGCACCAGACCCCCCACCUUCGUGUCCCUGGGCCAUGAGCUGCAGGUGGUCUUCAAGUCUGACUUCAACAUUGGAGGCCGGGGCUUCAAGGCCCACUACUUCUCAGGAGAAUGCCAGGAGGUGUUCACAGCUGUGCGUGGAAACUUCUCCAGCCCACAGUACCCUGGCGCCUACCCCAACAAUAUCCGUUGCCACUGGACCAUCCGCCUGCCCCCCGGCUACCGGGUCAAGGUCUUCAUCCUGGACCUGGGCUUGGAGGAGCCCAAUAGCCUAACCAGAACCUGUGACUUCGACCAUCUGGCAGCCUUUGAUGGGGCCAGUGAGGAGGCACAGCUGCUGGGGAAGUGGUGUGGGCAUCACCUGCCGCCGCCUGUCACCUCGAGUCGCAACCAGGUCCUGCUCCUGCUGCACACUGACCGCAGCACCUCCGGCAGGGGCUUCUCCGUGGCCUACAUCGGAGUGGUGCCCAUGAAUGUGAGCUGUUCUCGCACGGACUUCCAGAUCCUGAUCUCUGCCCAGGCACUGGCCCCACUGGAGCGGACCAAGGUCUACCUGGGUAGCCGGAGCUGUGCAGCCCAGGAAGUUGGCAGUAACUUCCGGAUCCAGGCCCGCUUUGACACCUGCGGUACUGAGUCUCAGAGAAGAAAUAACACGUCCGUGAUCGUCAGCGUGUUGUACAUCGACUUCUCCACUGCUGGGCACGAUGACAUCCACGAGUAUGAGGUGCGCUGUGAGCCGCGGCGCAAGGAAGCAUCUGCCCACCUGCUGUCAGGGUCUGAUCUGCUUGGGCCCUACGCUGCCACUGCUGAGCACCUACAGGAGGCCCCACCUGGAGAUGAGGCAGAGGUCCUGGAGGGCCCAGGGACCAUGGUGACCCAGGACACCAGUGAUAUCGUCUUCCUGGGCCUCUGCAUUCUAGCCGGAGUCCUUAUGAUCAUUGCCAUUGUGGUCCUGAUGCUGCUGUGAGCAUGUAAAGAGCAGCUUGGGGGACCCAUAGCAGGGCAGGGUGGGGCUUGUUCACUUGUGGGUGGCCAUCAGUCCAUUGUGUUCCUCUCCGAGCCCAUUUCCUAGGGAUCACUGCUCUUGCCCUGCUCCUCACAGGCUCAGAGAAAAGUGUGUGUGGGUAAAGGCUCUGAAGACUAUAGCGAUUGCUCUUAAGUUAAUUCAAGAAUGUUCUACUACAGGAAAGCUCCCGUAUGUGUUUCUUGUGAGCUUGGAUAGUUGGAGUCACAGGUGGCACUGUGAAUACACAGACCCAUCCUGUUCUUUACCAACUCAGGGCACAAAUAACGAGACCUUUUAGCUUCUCAGACCUUCAUGAGUAGGAAGUCUAGUAUCUAUGCAGGGACUCCUCCCUCCUUAAGUGACUCAAGUGAAGACCCUCUCUAAAGAACUCCACUCCUGCCUCCAGGAACCGGGAAAGAGAACCCAAACUCUGGCUAGUGCGGUUAUUUCAGCCCCUGCCAUACCAUUGAAGACUGGUCCUGUGCAUCCUAGUGGGUGCUUGCUCAUAGCCGUAUCAAUGGCCGCCGGCUGCGUCCGGUUCCUAUAGAUGCCACAGGUAGACUGGGCAGCAUGCUCAGGGGAGAGGCUAGAGCUGAGGUGUUCCUUUUAUGUUGGGACUUGUGUUUGAAUGUCUUAGAUCUUUAGCCAAAACAUUGAAGCCACAUGUGUCUCCAUGCUUGCUCUGAUGUUCAAACCACCAUCUCUUCUUCACUCAGGAGAUGAGUUCUCUUUGGAGCCCUCUGAACCUUUUUCUACUCCUUAGAGCUGCUCCAGUCCCUUAGAGCUGCUCCAGUCCCUCAGAGCUGCUCCAGUCCCUCAGAGCUGCUCCAGUCUCUCAGAGCUGCUCCAGUCCCUCAGAGCUGCUCCAGUCUCUCAGAGCUGCUCCAGUGUCUCAGAGCUGCUCCAGUGUCUCAGAGCUGCUCCAGUGUCUCAGAGCUGCUCCAGUCCCCAGAGCUGCUCCAGCCCCCGUCACUGCCGUUUCUAUGCUUCCAUCAUCAGAUUAAAGGGACUUCCUGCUCUUCCCAGAGAGGAUCUUUAGGAUUAUUAUGCAAAUUAGCA